CCGCCGUCGGCCGCCCGCAGCACCGCGCGGCGGGAGGAGCGAAGAUGGCGGGAGGGUGCGGCCAAGAGGCUGCUGGGAUUGUGGCGGACCCAGCGGCAAAAUGGCGGCCGUGCGGCCAGGGAGAGGCUCCUUCAAGGUGCUCUCGUCAGUUCCUCUUCAGAUGCUGUUUCACGUCAGUGGGCUGUACUAUGCCCUGUACUUCCUAGCUACAUUCCUGAUGAUUGCAUAUAAAAGUCAGGUUUUCAGCUAUCCUUGUAACUAUCUGGUCCUGGAUCUGGUCCUCUUGCUUCUGAUGGGGAUUCUCGAAGUAGCUCGGCUAUACCUAGGCACGAAAGGCAACCUGACCGAGGCUGAAGUGCCACUGGCUGCCAGCCUGGCAUUCACAGCACUCAGUGGCCUCCUUUCUGUUCACUUCCUGCUCUGGCAGACCUUGGUACUGUGGAUGGACUCGGUCCUCAGCACCAUUCUCCUGGUGCUGCAUGGGCUGGAGACUGGCUUGCAAGUGGUGGUCAUUGCUGACUUCAUCAGGUAGACAGACCAGGAUAACCUACAGAGCAGUGCUCCUCAGCUUCUAGUCAACUCCUUUGCUCCCAGACACAAAGGAUAUCUUUUUUUAUUGAUUGUCUGUAGAUGGAUGUAAAUGAUUUAUAAAUCUUUUUUUAGUGAGAGAGGUAUGGGAACCAGGGAGGGACAAACUUAGGAGCCUAGAUGUUGAAGUUGGCCAUCACGGACAGUAGUCAAUCCCAAGAUGUCCUCAUGUCAUGGGGCUGGGGUCCUGGCUGUAGCAGCAGGACCACCAGUGAUUGCCAGGCCAGUGGAAGGCAAAGCCCUUCAGGAAGUCAACAUCUGAGGGCAGCCCAGAGCACCACCCUCUCUCAGCCCCAGACAGCAGCAUCCUGGCAGAAGGACUUGGCUCUGUUGCUCUGUCACCAUGGGUUUUCUCAAAGGAAUGACUGACUUCCGUGCUUCCCACACUGGCCCUGCUUCUUGUUCUGAGAACCGCCUGUACAGUUUCCAGGCCUUAGUUCAGGCCUGGGAUCACUCUGGAGCUGCAGGAUGGCAGGUCCUGUGUUCCAGUGUCCCCCCAAUUUGGCUCCCCAUAAGGCCAGCACUGAAUAAAACUCUCUAGUUUCCAAAAGGAAACAAAAGCAAGUAUAUACCAGGUGUGGUGCCACACAAACACCUUUAAUCUCAGCACCCAGGAGGCAAAGGCAAGCCUGUCUUUGUAAAUUCAAAGACACCCUGGUCUACAUAGUGAAUUGCAGGUCAGCCAGGGUUGCAUAGUGAGACCUUGUCUUAAAAAAAAAAACAAAAAAACAAACCCACAAAAGCAAAAGUAGGGGGUGGGGCUGAAGAGAUGGCUUAGCAGUUAAGAGCACUGGCUGCUCUUCCAGAAGACCCAGGUUCAAUUCCCAGCACCUACUUGGCAGCUCACAUCUGUCUAUAAUUCCAGUUCCAGUGGAUUUGACAUCCUCACACAGGCAUACAUGCAGGCAAAACACCAAUGCACAUAAAAUAAAAAUAAAUAAGUUUUUUUUUAAAUAAACAGGCCAGAGAACUGUGUAUGUGAUGUUUACCUCAGCUACUUUUGGUGGGGUGGAGGGGUGGAGGGUGGUUUGUAGGGGACAGAGACAGAAUGGAAGAACAGCUUUUAGUCUAGGAGUCUGUCCCAGUCCCUUAAACUGUAGCUUCUGUCGAGUGCCACGUGAGUUCCGUCUCAUCUCCUGCUCUUCUAUCCCUAGCCCACUUUUUCUUAAGAAGUAUUUAAGCAGUUUUUUAAAAACAGAUUCUUUCAUUUGUUUCUGUUACGUGUUGUCUGUUUGGGACACUAUGUCUAAUCAUCCAGUUUCUCUUUUAAACAAUAAAUAAGUAGUUAUGCUGU